AUGCACAAAUGGACGCUGCGAUGGAAACUGCCUGAGUUUGUGUGUGGACUGUGGCUGGUGCUGCUGGUCAGCCGAGUGUGUGUGUGUGUGUGUGAUGGAGAGUCUGUGACCGACUGCUCCAAACACGAGCGCCACACCAGGAACUACGACUACAUGGAAGGAGGGGACGUUCGGAUCCGACGCCUCUACAGUCGCACGCAGUGGUUUCUGAUGAUCGACGAGUUCGGGAACAUCAACGGGACGCAGGAUCCCAACAACUGCUACAGUGUUCUGGAGAUCAGGACGGUUUCGGAGGGCGGCGUGUUGGCCAUAAAAGGACUGAAGAGCCAGUAUUAUAUUUCCAUGAACCGCACCGGAAUGUUACAGGGCAAAAAAGACUACAACGACAGCUGCAACUUCAAAGAAGUGUUUUUAGAGAACUACUACACGGCGUACUCGUCCGUCAAAUGGACUAAAAACGGCAAAGAGAUGUUCAUCUCUCUGUCGCAGAAGGGCCGGCCGCUGAGAGGAAAGAAGACGAGGAAAGAGAGCAUCUCUUCUCACUUCAUCCCUCGAAAGUGCAGGCAAGACGAGAAGAAGCUGGCGUGAAGAAGCUCUAGAGACGCUGUUACUGCAUCUGUUCUGCUUUACUCAUCUUAUUCAUCAAACUCUAUCAAUAAAACACACACACACACACACACUCACACACACACACACACACACACACACACACUCACACUCAGACACACACACACUCACACACACUCACACACACACACACACACACACACACACACACACUCAGAAACACACACACACACACACACACACACACACACACAAGAAGCAGAUGGUAAAAGAUGUUUAUAUAUGAAAGUGUUUUGGACUCAUGGAAACUAACAGUUAUAAAAGCUCAACUGUAUUUUAAGAUGAAGCUAUUUUUAUAUUUCAGAGAGAUGUUUAUGUUCCUGUUCCGGCACUUCCACCACCAUUAGAGCCCAAAACAAUGAAAACACCAGAUAAACACUGCAAUGCAUUAAUACGGACAAACAUUCUCAUUAAAUACGGCAGCGCUGCGUUUGUUCUUUAUAUAUCACAGUUUAUAUCGCUCCAUUUAUACUGCAUAAAUACAUUCACAUCCCAUCAACAUUCAUCCUGAGGAGUUGUGAUUUUAGUUUGAGACAUUCCCUGAGAGUGAGAAAAUAAUAGCAGUUGCCUUGCUUCAUCCUGACUUUUUUUGGAUGCAUGCGAUUGACAUUGACGUCAGUGAGUGACCCAUCAGUUCUAAGAAAUACUAUGUUUGUCUUCAUAGUCUUCCAUCCAAAUGUCCUAAUGAUUUUCCUUCCCGUCAUCAAUCCGCCCUCAUAUUGAGACACUUUCACCAUGCAGUCACAGUUGCAGUAAUUCUGGUAAACACACGAUGAGUCGAUGCUGUUACGUGGGUGUCUGACCGUAUUUCGUUUCUCAGAAUCGCUCGGCGCUCGAAUGCGAUCGUGUCCAUGUGUUGCUGUGUGUUAUUUAUGAUAUUUAUGUGUCGCUGGCUCUGAGUUCAUGACCGCAGUGAACCGUCUGUGUUCUGGAUCGCUGUGCUGCAAACACACACAGUUUGCAGGAGUUUAUCAUUUGCUGCUAGAAAUCUGAGGUUUUAUAUGAUUAUAGACUCAUUUCAAUAAACAUGUAUAUUGUUCCUUUC